AUGGAGGCACACGAUUUUCACAUCUUGUGUUCCGGUGAUAAUUUACGAUUCGAAACUAUCGGCUUUCUCCUCGCGACGGCCGGGCGAUCGCUAACGUUUGGCUUCGUUCCGGAUAUCUUCAGUGAUCCUGCCAACAAGGACAUGAAGUUACACUUUGCCGAUGAGCUACUUCGCGCGAGUACGACCUGUCUUUUUCUCACGACGAUGCUUGCGACAGUCAACGACAUAACGAUCUGGAUGUAUUACGAAAACUACCUAUUUACAAUCAUGAUCUGCGGCUACCAAGGCCCACCCAGCUGGCGACGGAUAGGCGAACUGUCGACACAGAUAUAUGCACUGGGUAUACAUCAAGAGAAGAAGUGCGCUCAUGCUCCGAAAUGGUUGACGGAAACACGCCGUAGGGUUUUCUGUUCAGCAUACAACCAGGACAAGUCGAUAUCCACCUUCCUUGGCCGUCCGAUACGUAUCAGCAAGAGACACACUGACAUCGAGCUUCCACUGGACCUGGCCGAUAAUGAAGUCACUGGUGACCAGGCGACCUUGGAAUCUGCCAUCGCAGCGUUGGACGAGGACGGUUGGAAUACCAAAGGCAGAUGGUUGAGAGCGUCUUGGAUCCGUUUACGUCAUAUAUCCCUGCGAAGUCGCGAAGAAAUCCUGGAAUUCUCGCUCGUCAAGAUAGACGCGAACGCGGAAGCUCAGCUACUAGAUAUAUCCGAGCGUGUACGCACUUCCUGGGAGACGCUACCCAAACAUAUGCGAUACUGGAAGACCUGUUGGGAAGACGAUGUUCCCACGGUAAUCUGCCUGAUGCUGUCCAUCAUACACCUCACGCAUUGGUACAAUGAGUUCAUGAUUCAAAAGCUGCUCGAUUACAGCCCAUUGACGCUCAACACUGCCCUACUGCGCGUCUCUGUUGAUCUUCUUUGCAAUACACUCACCUUGGGUAGAAUACGCGAUCGUUCAUACGACGUUCAACGCGACAUGCUCAACGCCCUACUGCUGUUUGGUGUACCGGCGGCGUCGGUACUUGCUACAGCUUUGCGCGAACAACACCGAACAGGUCAGCAAUUCCCCGCUGAGAUAUCUCGCGCGGAGAUUAUUCGCAUGCUCAGUGUGCUCAUAUCACAUCUUGAUUCAGCCGCACACAUGGAAAACUCUGGAGCUAGACAUGGCGAAGCCAACUACAACCUAUUUCGCAAAGCGAGCAAGAUCUUUACCAAGGUCAUUGAUACGGUCUUGGACACUCGACCGGCGGAAGAGAUUACCCCAGCGAGUGCUCAGCUUGGGAUUGACCUGGAUCUGGACAUUUUCUCCGGCGCUGGGUUGGAUGGUUUUGAAGGGGGCAUGGAAUUUCCCGGCAUGGGGAUGUCACUUGGUAUGAAUGGGAAUGGAAAUGGAAACUUCAGUGAUGCAGCGGAUGAUUGGGGUGCCCUCGGCCAGUGGAAUGCCUUUGGUGGGCCUGUAUAA